CCCCUCAGUAGCUCUUCUCUGUCCGCGCGAGCCGCUCGGUGAGGGGAAAAGAAAUCGACACCUCGUCGAGGUAACAGUUUAAUAAAACAGCAGGAAGAGGAGAGAAGAACCGGCAACAUCCCGUCACUUUAAGGAGUUAGAAGGACCGCUCGGCGUUUCGCCGCUUACUUUUAAUUUAAGUUAGCUCGGUUGGUUGGAUAUGUUUGUUUUUUUUUGGUUGUUGUGAGGGUGAAGACAACUCCACUUGUGACGACCGCGCGCUCCCCCUUGGCGACGCGAGUCUCCGCGCGCCGUCCGCGAGACAAGUUCAGCGCGCGAUGUGUUGCGGGACCGCGCUCUUCCGCUCGUCUCGGGCCAACUGUUACUUGUGUGUUAGUAGUUUCUUUUCCUUCUUCUUGUUUUCUUUUUCCUCCUGCUGAAGUUCGUCCGUGUUUCCUGCUUCCGAGGCGAAACAGCCGCGGCACGCGCGCUCUGGGUUCCAGCAGGACAAUUUUAUUCAUUUAUUCCCUGCCUUUUUCCAUAACCUUUUUCAUGCGGGAUAUUAUCACGAUUUAAUUUCACGGCACCCUUUUUUAAUCAACAGAUAUGUGACAUUUUUCUCUAAAGUCAUUUUUGCCUCAGUUAUUUCUCGACUCCAGUGGACAUGGCUCUCCCGGGUUCGGCCCGCGCGCGGUGAUGUGAGACGCGGGGGUCCGCACGCGCUCGCUCGCCCCCCCGACCUCCCCGACCCCCCCUCCAGUCCUCGGCUGCGGUCCGGGAUGAGCGCCGACCUGGAGCGCGCGUCGCUGCGCUCGUCCUCGGCCACCUCGGUGGGCUCGAGCGGCCGCGCGCUCUCCGCCAACGUGCGCAAGCUGCACCACGCGCUCAACGUGCUGCUGAGCGACGCGGAGCGCGAGCAGUUCAUCCACUGCCUCAACGUGUACCACUCGAAGCGCAACGUGUACGACCUCGUGCAGACGCUCAAAGUGAUCCUGAAUGCGCCCAGCAAGCGGCAGCUGCUCCCCAUGCUGCGGCUCGUGAUCCCGCGCUCGGACCAGCUGCUCUUCGACCAGUACACGUCCGAGGGCCUCUACCUGAAGUCGGAGCUGCUGGCGAGCAACGGCGUGCCCGAGAGCGCGGCCACGGAUUCCGUGCACACGAAUAGCGCGCUGUCGCCGGCCACGCAGCCCCGCGCGCCGCCACCCCGCGCGCCGCCGCGCGGCUCUCCGGACAGCUUCAGCACCGGCAGCGAGGGGACAGCUCCCGCCGCGCCGCUUCUGGGGAGGUCUUCCUUCCCGCACGAGCCGCCCGGGGAGGUACGGCAGGUGACCCUGAAGCGCAACAAGAGCAACGAAGGUCUGGGCUUCAGCAUCCGCGGCGGGUCCGAGCACGGGGUCGGCAUAUACGUGUCCCUCGUGGAGCCGGGCUCCCUGGCCGAGAAGGAGGGGCUCGUGGUGGGAGACCAGAUCCUGAAAGUUAACGACAAGGUGUUUGACAGGGUGACGCACGCCGAGGCAGUGAAGGUGCUCAAAGGGAGCAAAAAGCUCUCCCUCUCGGUACGGUCCGUAGGGCGGAUCCCCGGCGGCUACGUCACCAAUCAUGUGUACACGUGGGUGGAUCCUCAAGGGCGCAGCGUGUCCCCACCCCCUGACCUCCCAGAGCACCGCAGCUCUACCAUGCGCCGCACUGAUACCCAGCGCCGCAGCCACCUGCACCUGCUGCAGGAGGGUGACGAGAAGAAGGUGAACCUGGUCAUGGACAAUGGCCGCUCUCUUGGCCUGAUGAUCCGGGGAGGAGCGGAGUACAACCUGGGUAUUUACAUCACCGGCGUUGAUCGGGGAUCCGCUGCGGAGUUCGGGGGCCUCAAGGUGGGCGAUCAGAUCCUCGAGGUGAACGGGCGCAGCUUCCUGGGCAUCCCGCACGAUGAAGCCGUGCGCGUGCUCAAGUCCUCGCGCCACCUGAUGAUGACGGUGAAGGACGUUGGUCGUCUGCCGCACGCCCGCACCGUGGUGGGAGAGACCAAGUGGAUCGCCAGCUCGCAGAUCGCCGACGGAUCCCCACAAAGCAGCGUGGCGGGGCUAUCUAUGGAUCAAGGUGCUUCUGUGUCAGAGAAGCCGGUGUUCUACAAGGGCGUGGCUGGCUCCCAGGUGACCCUGAGCAGCCUGGUGAACCAGUCGCGGGCCAUGCUGGAGGAACAGGCCCGACACUUGCUGACGCAGCCUGAGCGGCAGACCAUGUCCUACUACCUGGAGGAAUACAGAGAUGGCCACGUGGGUGUCGAGCAGCUGGUCAUGGCGCUAUUUGAGCUCUUCAACACACACGCUAAGUUCUCCCUGCUGUCUGAGGUGCGGGGGCUUGUCGCCCCCCAAGACCUGGAGCGUUUUGACGGGAUGGUGCUGCGGCGAGAGAUCGAGGCCCUGAAGGCUCGCCAGGGUGCGGCAGCGGCGGCCAACCCAGACUCUUUCUCCAUGGUUUCCUACCCCGACACCCUGACGUCUUCAGCCAGCUACUUGACCUCCACCACACUUAGCUCAGCACGGAACGACAGCACAAUAGAGAGCAGCAACACCGAGGAGCCGCAGGAAACCACGAGGGAUCUGCCUGACAUAUCUCUGGAUGAUGUGCGGUCCACGACAGACUCCCCCCCCUCCUUCAAACCCCCACCCCCACCGGGGGUUCAGAGACGCCACAGCCACCGGGAUCAGGCCAAACGGCCCUCCUCUGACUCCUCCCACUCGGGGCUGUACUUCACAGCGCCCCUCCGCAGCCCUCAGGACAUGGGCCCUGAUCCUCCUGUCCCUGACCCUCGCAGGAAGGAGGUGGUGGCCACGCAGCUGUCCUUGGUCACCCGGCACCCAAUCCGGCCCUUCCCCCGGGUACAGUCUCCUAGCCGGGCUGCACCUGCCACCCUCCCAUCCAUGACGCCCCAUGCACCUCGCUGCUCUCUCCCCACAGCCGCGCCCCCGAGUCCAGACAAGCCACUUCCCCCAUCCCCUGCCUCCAACCAGCACUUUGUCAUGGUGGAGGUGCACAGGCCCAACGCUGAGCCUGACGUCAAUGAGGUUCGGCCACUGCCCCAGGCCAGAGGAGCCACGCUGUCCCAGCUCUCGGACAGUGGUCAGACCCUCAGCGAAGACAGCGGUGUGGACAUCACCGAGUCGGGACGGCUGAGCAAGGACAGCAGCCCCCGACCUUCUCGGACGCGCCCUCCACAGGAUGCCCAGGCUGCUGAGCCCGUCUCUAAGCCGCCCGGUCUUCUCGAGCCCACAUCCAGCCUGGUCCGAGUGGCCAAGACCACAAGCACCCUGGGAAUUGCCAUCGAGGGUGGGGCGAACACCCGCCAGCCACUUCCACGUAUCGUCACCAUACAGAGGGGUGGCUCGGCGCACAACUGCGGGAAGCUGAAGGUGGGCCAGGUGAUCCUUGAAGUGAACGGUGUGUCACUAAGGGGCCGAGAACAUCGUGAGGCUGCACGACUAAUCGCCGAGGCCUUCAAGACCAAAGAAAGAGACUACAUUGACUUCCUGGUCACGGAGUUCAAUGUUUCCUUGUAGGGUCGCGGUGGAGGUCGGGUAAUUUUAGGCGUGGUAUGGAGCGGUGCAGAUGGGAGGACAGAACUGGAGUGUGGCACACAUGUUUUAGGUCACAUCCCUCCAAAUGCUCCUCUUCCUGCCCUGUGCUGUACUUUCUGAUGGAAUUUGGAGGUCAGGAGGUUUGAGCGAGGAAAUUGGUGCCUGGCAGGAUCGCUCCAGUUGAUUGUGGAUGGUUCUCUUCUACACUGGUGCUCCCGCUGACCUCCUUGCAGCCAAAACCCAUGGAUCUUGGAUCCCAGCCCACGUUCCGGUCUUAAAGAACACAAGGAUGCCAAGAUCGGUGAAGUGACAUAGAAGACGUGGACAAAAAGUUCCCUCUGCCCGCACCCCUUCAGAUCCCUGGGUGCUCUCUGCAUCUUUCCUUUUAUUUUGUAGUCCCUAAGGUGCGGUCCCUCAAACAGGUGGGUCCAGAAUCAUGAGCUGACUUAGCUGGACUCAGAAAAGGACCGUGGUGGGGUGGACUGCUCUGCCGCACCACCAAAACUCAUACAUGGUGGGGAAAAGGGAAGUCACACCCUUGUGUGCAGCACAACAGCAGCCAAACUGCAAAACCCUACCUGAACAAGUUAAGUCUGCAUCCUCGGUCAUCCAGUAACGCUGCAACGCCUCCCAUCAGUGUUUUCUGUACCCGCAAUUGACGUUUUUAUGAACACAUACUGGUUUGCAGAAGAACAGACAUAGCUGAGGAGAGAGGGACGAUAUGCUGCUCUAUACACUGUUACAGUAUUAUAUUUAACGAGACAUCUUACGGCAUAAUGUUUCAAACAAUAGUUGAAAUGAAGUGUUAAGCUUUGUCCAGUCUUUAACGUACAUGAAAUUCUUUAGACAUUUACAGUCUUUUGUGAGUCAGCCGUAUUAGAUUUGUCCGCGCAGAACCGCCAUCGACCGAAUUGCUUGGUGAUUAUUACACGGAGCACUUGUAAUUUGGGUCGGAAGGAGAGGAUGAGCUCUCGGACAGACUUGCGAUAAAAACGCAGAGCAGAGCCCGCAGUGCGGAUCUGCGCCUGGCUUCACGUGGGCCAACUAAAAUAAAAAGAAAUAAAGGGAACGAAACGGCAGUUUGCACCUACGAAACACUGAGGGACAGACAGCAACUGAGAGGAUUAAGGUGGACUAAAUGAGACUAAUACAGAGUGGUGCUCCCUGGGGUAUUUCUAGGGAUACUUACUGGGUGGGGGGCGGUAUCACAGGGUAUUUCAGUAAACCGUCACAUGUGUCGCUCCCAGCCUGCAGAGUGAUCACUGCAGUCAUUAGGAGAUUAUUAUAUUCUCCGUGAUGAACGGAGCGUUCGGCCCUAUCCGGCGUGUCCGUGUUUGCGUGCGCGCGUGUGUGAGUGCGUGUAAGAGAGGGCUCCGGUGACUCUGAGUGACGGAUAACUCCAAAGAGGAAGAGAGGCUGGGAAUGGAAGGGGGACGUGCACGAAGCAAAGCGAUUCUGCCCCCUUUUCCCCCCAACAUUUCUAUUUGUAGAAUGAUUUCUACGUUCUGCUACGUUCUGUUUACAUGCGUGGGCUCAGCAAAGGUGGAGCUUUGAGGGGUUAAAGCACUAAAACACUAUUUUGAAUAUGCAGUAAUAACUUAAGGAAACACUAUAAAUACAUUGUGGGCACUGCAGUAUUUUUCUAAAUUGGCACACUGCUGUAUAGAAAUGUUCUGUUUGCUGAUGCAUGUGAUCCCAAGUUUUAAAUAUAUAUACAGUACAAACAAAUUAUAUAGUAUAUAUUUUAUACUGAAUUGUCAUUGAAGCCCCAGUAUAUGGAAAUCUGAAGACUGCGAAUAAAUAGUGUGCAGUUACAGUACAUCAGAUUUCUUUCGAACAGAGGGUAUCCCCAUUCUCAUGAAAGGUUUGGUGUUUUUCUUUCUACAGCUAUUUCUUUUAAUCGGCCUGUCCUUCAAAACAUGACAUGUUGCCAUGGACAUUUCUUGGACAACGGCAGAUGAUAUUCUGACGGCAUUGUUCCAUUGCAAGGAUGGCAGUGAUAUCGCAGAAGUUGUAACACAGGAUUGCAUUUCCCAUGUGCAUACUGUAUUUUUUGUCUUACUCUGGUCUACUGAUGUCCCACCACAAGAGCUGAUUUAAACAUUUACGCCACUUGGACGUCUGUUGUUUAUAUUUUAAUGCAGGGCGGUACUUAA